CCCCAGCCCACUCCUGGAGGCAGCGGGGAGGGGGGUGCUGUGCAUGGCCCUGCGCACUGGGACGGCUUGGCUUGGGCAAGUCCUGCGUAGAGUUUCCCGGCUGCAGGGCACCUGGUCCAGGCGCUCCAGCAGCCUCCUGUGCCUGUCUUCCUCCCAGGAGCCCGAGCAGGGAGGCGGGGAGCAGCCGCCCCGGCGCCUCGGGAGCAGCCGCCGCCCCCUGCAGCUGCCCCCCGCCAGCUGCUGCUGCUGCACCCUGUCGGAUCCCCGGACGGCCGGGGGGGGACAUGGUCCCCUCACUCGCCCCUUGCUGGCGGCCAUGAAGCGGCAGAACGUGCGGACCCUGUCCCUGAUCAUCUGCACGUUCACCUACCUGCUGGUCGGGGCCGCCGUCUUUGAUGCCCUGGAGUCCGACAACGAGAUGCGGGAGGAGGAGAAGCUCAAAGCCGAGGAGAUCCGGCUCAAAGGGAAGUACAACAUCACCAGCGAGGACUACCGGCAGCUGGAGCUGGUCAUCAUGCAGUCCGAGCCCCACCGGGCCGGGGUCCAGUGGAAAUUCGCCGGCUCCUUCUACUUUGCCAUCACCGUCAUCACGACUAUCGGUUAUGGACAUGCCGCCCCAGGGACGGAUGCCGGGAAAGCCUUUUGUAUGUUCUACGCUGUCCUGGGGAUCCCACUGACGCUGGUCAUGUUCCAGAGCCUGGGCGAGCGCAUGAACACCUUUGUCAAGUACCUCCUGAAACGGAUCAAAAAGUGCUGCGGGAUGAGGAGCACCGACGUCUCCAUGGAAAACAUGGUCACUGUGGGUUUCUUCUCCUGCAUGGGAACCCUCUGCAUUGGAGCAGCAGCCUUUUCCCAAUAUGAGGAGUGGAGCUUUUUCCAUGCUUACUAUUACUGCUUUAUAACAUUGACUACGAUAGGAUUUGGUGACUAUGUGGCCCUGCAGACCAAAGGGGCCCUCCAAAAGAAGCCAGUCUACGUGGCUUUUAGCUUUAUGUACAUUCUAGUGGGGUUGACAGUCAUUGGGGCAUUUCUAAAUCUGGUUGUUCUCAGGUUCUUAACCAUGAACAGUGAGGACGAGAGACGGGAUGCCGAGGAGCGGGCAUCCCUGGCAGGGAACCGCAACAGCAUGAUUAUCCACAUUCAAGAGGACGCCCAGCACGUUCGGCCACGGUACAAGGCCGAAGUAACAGAUCUUCAGUCAGUUUGUUCCUGCAUGUGUUACAGGUCCCAUGAGUACACCAGCCGGAUGGUGUCUCACCAAAAUUCGUUCAGCUCCAAGCUGAAUCCUCAGUACUUUCACUCCAUCUCUUAUAAGAUAGAAGAGAUCUCACCAAGCACAUUAAAAAACAGCCUUUUCCCAUCUCCUGUUAGCUCCAUCUCACCUGGGUUGCACAGCUUUACAGAUAACCACAGGCUGAUGAAAAGGCGAAAGUCCAUUUAAAGUGAUUUGUCUUCUUUUGCUUUACUUGUUUCCCCCAAUUACCUUUUUUGUUUCUUGAGUGAGACGGAGUGAGGCCAAAGGGAAUAGAAAAAGCCAGUCCUCCUCUGAGACUCAGCUCUUGAGCAUGAAGCAUGGAUUAUUACAGUUCCAGCAAAGUAUGCCUUACAUUACCCCCCCUCGGUGGAUUUCAGAGGAUUCGAGGUGACAUGAAGUGGGUACCAAAUCCAAAGUUGCACACAAAGCUGGGAGCCUUCAUGUGCCACUGGCACUCCUGACCUAAUAAACUAUUUUCCUCUCAAGCAGGUCGCUGUGUGCGUGUGCGCGUGUGUGUUGAGUGCGUGUGUGUGCAAUUCUACAACUAGUGCCAUGUGACAAAAAUGCAUCAGGUAUUCAUUUUUUUUCCCUUGAAGCAAUUGUGUUCCAGCCUGCUUUUAACUUUUAGACUGCUUCCAAAAGAAUAGGGGACGGGGGAGCCAAUUUGUUUUGUUUUUGCCAAGUCAAGCAUGUGUCAUAAGCAGUCAAUAUACCAGAUGUAUCAUGAUCAAUUUUUGAAUGCUAGAUUUUAGAUUGUAUUAACAU